CACCGCGCGCCAAAACUCGAACGCAGGCGCGGCGGCCGUUACUCCUCGAGCCCCGCGCCCGCCAUGGCCACCCCGCCCAAGCGCGGGCGGCUGCAGCGCGGCGUCAGGAAAAUCGCUGUCGAGGGCAACAUCGCUGCAGGGAAAUCGACGUUUGUGAAUAUUCUCAAACAAGCUGAUGAGGAAUGGGAAGUUGUUCCUGAGCCUGUAGCCAGAUGGUGCAAUGUUCAGCAAAAGACAAAAGAGGAUCAUGAGGAGCUGACCGAAUCACAGAAGAGUGGUGGAAAUGUGCUUGGGAUGAUGUAUGACAAGCCAGAGAGGUGGUCUUUCACUUUCCAGACAUACGCGUGUCUCAGCAGGAUCCGGGCUCAGCUCAGGUCCCUCAGUGGCAAACUCAAAGAGGCGGAGAAUCCUGUUGUCUUCUUUGAGCGAUCCGUCUACAGUGACAGAUACAUUUUUGCAGCUAAUUUAUAUGAGUCUGAUUGCAUGAAUGAAACUGAAUGGACGAUUUACCAAGACUGGCAUGACUGGAUGAAUAAGCAAUUUAGUCAAAGCCUGGCACUUGAUGGGAUCAUUUAUCUCAGAGCCACUCCCGAGAAAUGCUUAAACAGAAUUUACUUGCGCGGAAGAGAUGAAGAGCAAGAAAUUCCCAUUGAAUAUCUGGAGAAGCUUCAUUACAAACAUGAAAGUUGGCUUCAGCAUAGGACACUGCGAACGGAUUUUGAAUUUCUACAUGAAAUACCUAUUUUAACAUUGGACGUUAAUGAAGACUUCAGAGGCAAAAAGGACAGAUAUGAUCACAUGACUGAAAAGGUCAAAGAAUUUUUGAGCACCUUAUAAUUCUCUUUGAAGUGCAGGCAGAGUCCAAACUGUUCCAAACAUCUGUGCGAUCAAAGUCUGAAGUACAGCUUCUGCUUUUAUAGAGGGCCUCUGGAGAGGCAGGACUCAAUUCUGUUGAUUUAACUGUGAGGAACAAAACAACUUUGUGAUUAGGGAAAUUAUUAAAUAAUUCAGUAGGCUUGUUCAGUAUUAUAUUAAGUAACACACACAAAUUCUGAAGAUUCUAGAACUCUGAGAGUUCUCAAAUACUGUUCCUGUUUCUAAUCAGACCCAUAAGUUCUAGAGUAUUUUAUUGUAUUUUUUUUAAUUUAUUUUGUGUCCAGUAGCUGUUUUAUUUUCAAGAAGGUAGUGGGUUUUUAGAUCUGAGUGUUUUUUUUAGUGGAAUUGAUUUGUAAUGGAUGUGUCGUUGUUCCGAGGAAGAAAAAAAGUAAAGCCCAUUUUUGUUGGUGAGGGAAUUUUAAUAUAACUUGGAGUUUUAUAUUGUGAGGUAUGAAAAAAUGUUGUCUGACAAUUUUGGUAGGUGAAGUUCUACACAGAAUACACUGAAUUAAAUUCAAAUAUGGCUGAAAUUCUGUAGAUAUCAAAUUAGUCUUUUUUUAAAUUUUGCACUGCAAACAAGGAUAUUAAGAGGCUUUCCAUUCUUGAGCAUGGUUGGGGGGGUUCCAAUUUUUUUUUUUUUUUAAGUUCUUAAUAAAACAGAGCUGUUUGUUCUUGGUAAGUCCUCUUUUCCUGUAGAGCAGUAUGUUUGCUUGAUGGUUAUGGUAAAAGGAAGAAGAAAAUUUUGCAAAUGGCCUCCAUCUGUAAAUGAUGUGUUUCUAAACCUUUCCUUAAUCACGUUUUGGAUGUCAGAGGUGGCUCCCUGCUUUUGUUCCAGCUUCUCCAUUUGCUAACUGGGCCUUCUGGGUGCUUAUACAAGACACUGCAAUACUUGAAGUAGGCUGUCCUUUCUCAUUCAUCUGGUGUUAAGAAGGGGAGAGCUUUGUAGAGUAGCUGCUGUUCCAGUGCGUCAUAUUACUGAGCCACUUUCAGGUGCAGAAAAUAUAAACUAGACAGGGUACACAUCUCAAGUACCAUGUUUUGUGCUUUGUUCUGCUUUAAGCCUUUCUGAAUGAUUGCACAGUUGGCUUUUGAAUGCAAAAUUUUAUUGUAAAGCAUUUUAUUGUCUACUGUGGUGCCUGUUACCUGCUAAUUUGAAAUGAAAUGUCUUCCUUCGUGGUUGGAAUUGUGCUGGUGUUCUCUCACUGUUGACCAAAAAAUAAAAGUGGUUGGAAAGACUUUUUUCAAUGCUUAA